AUGGACGCUGACGACAAGUUGGAAAAUAUGACUGCGGAGGAGGAACCCGGCUACGGCCUUGGUCUGCCGGGCCUGGCCUCGCUUGCGCUGCCAUCGGACGGCAUGGUUGUACCUCCUCUCAACUUCUCCAUGGUAUCAGAAGGCGUAUUUAGAAGCGGCUACCCGAUAGCUUGCAAUUUUCCCUUCCUUCGUCGGCUGGGGCUGCAAAGUAUUCUCUGCCUGUGCCCAGAGAGCGUGCUCCCUGGGUCACUAGAGUGGGCCAAGGAAUCCGGAGUAAGCAUGGAAAUGUGCGAUUUAGGAGAGAACAGCCCACCUUUCGUGUCCAUGCCGCUCGCGGCCAUGAGAAAAGCGGUGGACUAUCUCUCUGAUUGUCGAAAUCGACCAGUGCUGGUGCAUUGCCUCACUGGGAAGACUCAAACAGGUUGCGCAAUAGGCUGCCUCCGGCGAAGACAAAACUGGGCGCUGGGGGCUAUCUUCGAUGAGUACACGCGCUUCGCGGGACCGUCGGCAAAACCGUUGGAUAUGCAAUUCAUUGAACUGUUCGAGUGA